AUGGCAAGUCAUGGAAUCUCACGUGGCUCGGCCCCUAUCGUCCGCUCAGAGGAGGCGCGACAGAAAGAAUUGCUGCAAAUCAAGGCCUACAAGGACUUGUCUGACCUCGUAAAUUCCAAGGUAGCGGAGAGGGAACACACGUUCGAGGUUCUUGGCCUGGUUACGAAGCUCUUGAACGAGAACCCUGAGUACUACACGAUUUGGAAUCACCGCAGACGGGUGUUGCUUGCGCUGGUCGCCGAAGAAGCACAAUUACCGGACGAGUUGUUGCAGAGCGAUUUACAGCUGACGUUCGCGCUGCUUCGCAAGUUUCCCAAAUGUUACUGGAUCUGGAAUCACAGGGACUGGCUCCUACAAAAAGCAGAGCCGCUAUUGGGUACAGAUGCAGCAUGCAAGCUCUGGACUGGAGAGUUACAGUUGGUCAACAAGAUGCUACAUGCUGAUAGCCGUAAUUUCCACGCUUGGAGCUAUCGACGUAUCGUAGUAUCAAAAAUCGAGCGCCUGGGCUCUCUCACAACUGAGCCUGCAGACAAGAGCUCAAGCCUCGCACAGUCUGAGUUCGACUAUACCACCAAAAUGAUCAAAACCAAUCUGUCUAACUUCUCAGCCUGGCACAAUCGCAGCCAGCUGAUCCCUCAAAUCCUCCACGAGCGCAACGCAGAUGCAAAGGCGCGCCGGAUUUUCCUAGCAGCAGAGCUCGAGCUCAUUUGCGAGGCGAUCAACACCGAUCCAUUCGAUCAGUCCAUCUGGUUCUACCACCAGUACCUGAUGUCAACUAUCUCUCAGUCCUGUCCCCCAGGCAGCCUCAUUAUCAAGGAUUUGACCAACGGCGAGCGGCAGAAGUAUUAUGAGAACGAGAUGGAGUAUAUCAGAGAGAUCCUGGAGGAUGAACCAGACUGCAAGUGGAUAUACGAGGGUCUACUCGGACUCGCAGAGGCAUAUUUGGAGGUGGAUGCGGGCACAGGAGCUGUCACAACGAAGGACAUGAGGGUGUGGCUGGCGGAGUUGAAGCGUCUAGAUGCGCUGCGAGCAGGCCGAUGGGACGAUUUGGAGAGAAAGCUCAAGCUGUGA